CCUUGACCAGGAAAGCAAAAAGCUAUUCGCUUUUGAAUGGGAGAACCCACACAACGGGAGAAAAGCCCAAUUAACCUGGACACGCCUUCCACAAGGAUUUAAGAAUAGUCCAACUAUCUUCGGAAAUCAACUAGCCAAAGAACUUGAGGAGUGGGCUACGAGAGGCUAUAUCGGAAUUCCUCGACAAUGGUACUUGUUGCUGCAAUAUGUGGAUGAUAUUCUGAUUGCUGCUGAGACCCAAGAACUUUGCAUUCAGGUAACAAUUGAAAUAUUGAAUCAAUUAGGAAUGAAUGGAUAUAAAGUGUCAAAAAAUAAAGCUCAGAUUGCAUCCACAACUGUGAUCUAUCUAGGAUGCGAGCUUUCUCAAGGACAGCGAAGACUAGGUAUAAACCGUGUACAUGCUAUCUGUGCGAUCUCAGAACCGCGUAACUUACAUGAAUUAAGAUCUUUUCUAGGAAUGGCAGGAUGGUGCAGGCUCUGGAUCAUGGACUAUGGACUUAUUGCCAAACCUUUAUACGAGGCACAGAAGAAUAAGACCUUGGUGUGGGAAAGACCACAACAAGAAGCUUUUCAAAAAUUGAAACAGGCCUUAAUGCAAGCGCCUGCUUUGGGCCUACCUGAUCUGAGUAAAGACUUUCAGUUAUUUGUACAUGAACGACAGAGACUUGCUCUAGGGGUAUUAACCCAACGGCUGGGAUCUUGGAAAAGGCCCGUCGGUUAUUUCUCUAAACAACUUGACCCGGUAAGUGCUGGAUGGCCGGCGUGCUUGCGGGCGGUGGCUGCUACCGUGAUAUUAAUUCAGGAAGUCCGGAAACUGACUAUGGGGAAAAGGAUCGAAGUGUUUGUAUCCCAUAUGGUGACUACUGUAUUGGAACAAAAGGGGGGCCAUUGGCUUUCCCCAAGUAGGAUGAUGAAAUAUCAGGCAAUUUUAACAGAGCAGGAUGAUGUUAUCCUAAAAACAACUAACCUAAUGAAUCCAGCUGUGUUUUUAAGCGCAGAGACUGAAGAAGAAAAUCUGGAACAUGAUUGUGUGGAGGUCAUUGAAUAUACCCACGCAAGCCGACCUGACCUGAAAGAUACCCCAUUGGAGAAGCGGAUUGGGAGCUUUUUUACUGACGGCAGUAGUUUUGUGGAAAGCGGAGUGCGGUAUGCAGGAUACGCGAUUACUACUGCCAAAACAGUAAUUGAAGCUAAAUCCCUACCACCAAACACAUCAGCACAGAAAGCUGAGUUGAUAGCCCUAACUAGGGCAUUAGAGCUCAGUGAGGACAAAAGGGUCAAUAUUUGGACUGACUCAAAAUAUGCAUUUGGGGUUGUUCAUGUACAUGGAGCUCUUUGGAAAGAGCGUGGACUACUCUCCUCCCAAGGAACAAACAUCAAGUACCAAAAAGAAAUAUUGAACUUGAUUAAUGCCAUUCAAAAGCCAUCACUGGUUGCCAUCAUGCACUGUAAAGCUCAUCAGAGUGGGACAUCGAAAAUUAUUGAAGGAAACCGACUUGCUGAUCAAACAGCCCGAUCAGUGGCACGACGAGUCUGGAUGAUGGUGGGUCUUGUCUCCCAAAAGGUAAGAGCAAUUGAUUUAUUACCUACACCUUCAGAGGCACCUGAAUAUUCUACAGAAGAUGAGAAAUUGGCAAGACUAGUAAAAGCCGUCAAGGAUAAUUCUGGAUGGUAUGUAACCACGAACGGACAAAUUGUGGUGCCAAUCACAAUUAUGAGAGGGAUACUUCAGGCGGAGCACCAGAAGUGUCAUUGGGGUGCAGAAGCGUUGGACAUUGAAUCGACUCAGAUCCGUAUUAGUGUGGAAUCGCCCACUAGCACUUGA